AUGGGCGCCCUUGGGUCCUUCAUUCCCAACAUUGUGCCCGAUCCCGGUUCUAUACGCCGGGAGGAUUCUGGCAGCGACGACAACAAUGGAGACCUGCAGAACUGGUCAUCUCUGAUCGGCAUCACCACCGCCAUUGUCGGUAAUGUCCUCAUCGCGCUUGCGCUGAAUGUGCAGCGCUAUGCGCACAUUCGUCUGCAUCGCGAGCGCCGCCGCGUUCGCCGACGAGCCAAGGAAGCAUUGAGAUCUAACCAGGACGGCGUCAACGGUGCAGGAGGAGCUGCAGGAGGAACAUAUGGCACGCUGGGCACACCACAGAACCACUCUGAAGACGAGACAUACUUCAAUGGCAAUCAUGCGGGGAAUGGAACGUCGGGGGCAUCCGAUUCUCUGACGCGGUCGUUCCGGUCCGAAGAUUCAACCGAGUCUGACAGCUCUGGAGACGACGAGGAGCAGGUUGCCUCAACCUAUCUCAAAUCGCCAUACUGGUGGGCCGGUCAGAUUCUCAUCACCCUGGGCGAGCUCGGCAACUUUCUGGCAUAUGGGUUCGCGCCGGCGUCUAUCGUGUCGCCCCUCGGUGUCGUCGCCCUCAUCUCCAAUUGUAUCAUUGCUCCCAUCUUUUUCAAGGAAGUCUUCCGCCAGCGAGACUUCUGGGGCGUCAUCAUCGCGACCGGUGGCGUGGUCACAGUCGUUUUGAGUGCCAAACAAGAGGAGACAAAGCUGGACCCUCAUGAUGUGUGGGAUCACAUCACAACGAUCGAGUUCAAAGUAUACCUUGCCGUAACCGUUACGCUCAUCGCCAUCCUCAUGUGGGCAAGCCCUCGGUAUGGCCACCGAACCAUUCUGGUUGACCUCGGCCUUGUCGGUCUCUUCGGUGGCUACACUGCCCUGUCGACCAAGGGUGUCUCCUCGAUGCUCUCGUCCACCCUUCUAGGUGCCUUCAAGACUCCUGUCACAUAUGUGCUGCUCUUCAUUCUGCUGUUUACAGCUGUCAUGCAAGUUCGCUACGUCAACAAAGCCCUGCAGAGGUUUCCGUCGACACAGGUGAUACCCAUCCAAUUUGUGACGUUCACCCUCUGUGUCAUUGUCGGCAGCGCCGUCCUGUACAGAGAUUUCGAGCGCACUUCUGGCGAACAAGCGGGGAAAUUCAUCGGCGGCUGCCUGCUCACCUUCUUUGGCGUGUUUCUGGUCACUAGCGGUAGGCCAGGGGAGAACGAAGAAGAGUCCUACUCGGAGAUCGAUGGCGAGGCAACGAUAGGACUUGCUCGUCACGAUUCGCACCAUUCUGCGCAGCAUCCGUCAACCCCUGGCGGGGCGUCAAGUUCCCGUCGUUCCUCCAAAGUGUCGCACGCCAACAUCUUCCAAACCGACAUGCAGCAUGACAGCGGGAAGCCAACGCUCAGGAGGCCAUCUGUCAACCCACCCAGGACCCCCGGCGAAUCGGCGCCACUUCUUAGCAACCCGUGGGCCAUGUCGGGCGAUGAAUCGCCUGUUCGCGGUGUGCGCACCAUUUCUGAGGAUGCGGUCGCCUCAUUGAUUACACCAUCCGAACCCGCCACACCGUUCCGGGACGGUCUGGGACCAACGUCAUAUACAGCUGAACCUCAAUUGAUGACACCGCGCCACCUCUCGGUUCCCGCGUCACAGAGGCCGCAAAGUUCAAAGUUCAGUGGGCCGUUCUUCUCGCCAUCACCCUUGUCAUCAACAGUCAGCGCUGUGGUCAAGGACACCCUGCUGCGGAAUGCUGAUAGCCCCUUGCUGAAGAGGCCCUCCAUGAAACGCCUCCGGACCAGCAUCCGCGCGAGUCUGUUCAUGUCGGAAGAGGAGCAGGAGGUGGCCGAAAGGCGAGGUCUGGCCUCUCGCUCGCAGGAUGAGCUCAACAUAAUAUCAGACGAGCCGAUACAGCCCAGGCAAGAACCACGCCUUGCGUCGGCCUCUGUCGGGACCGGUCGGCCUAGAAGUCUGAGUGAUACCCUGGGGGAGCUCUUCAGAGUGAAGCGAAAGAAGAGGGAUCCUGCCGAGGGCGGGCUGGAGGAAGAUGCUCCAUAG